AUGUCACCUGAGGACUUUGAAGAUUACCAGAGAAGAGUUCUGCCAAUGCGUCUAAAGAACCGCCUGUAUGUCAGCUGGUAUUCUCCGCCGACUGGUAUCAACUGCAAGCUGGUUGGCCCAGCGACGCCAUGCUUCUGUACUCACAGAUGUAAGCAACACAAAACAGACUUUGAAACAAUCCCGGAGGCCCGCCCCAUCCUUCAGCCGUGCAAAGUCCGUGGCUGCCGCUGUAACUCGUACAGCUACGUCCCGCUGAAUGGCUCUCAACCAAUCAGGUGCGGCUGUAAACAUUACCCGGACGAACAUUCGGAGACGAAUCUCAUGAAGUGCAAGAAGUGUAAGUUGAACAAGUCUUCAAUUUCAUAA